AUGUCCUGCCCUCCUCCCUCUUCGCCCUCCUCAACUCGUAUCGUGCCCGCGCCGUCCCCCACAACAAGCGAUGCAGAAUUCCCGGCCGCAUUACCCGUGCACUGGGACGUCCCGCCAGAGCCAUCGCGGGAGCCCGUUCGGACGAUGUUCCUGUCCGCCGCGGUGCUCGUCUGCGUGCUCAGCCCUUGGCUCCUCAUGCGCAGCCGCCUCAGCACACUGCAGCGCCAGCUCGAGCAACUGAACUCCACCACCUCCUCCGUCGCCCGCGAAAUGCGCGCCGGGUUCGCGCAGAUGCCACCCGGCGGGGGCGCCGCCCGCCCGCCGCCCUCGGCGAUGGUGGCCGCCCUCACGCACUCGUUCCAGACCGCGACCGCGACCGCCGCCGCCCAGGCGCAGAACCAGAACCAAGGCCCGGACCCGGCCGCAACGCCCGCGCCCGCGCCUGCGGGCCCCUCGUCCACCGAAGCCGGGACGGGGAAGGGGGAGUUCGUGGAGAACGACCGGUGGGAGCCCGGCGGCGGGAUCCCGGAGCGUCCGUCGUCGCGCAUGCUGUCGUUCCUGCUGUCGAACCAGAGCGCGACGACGGAGGUGCUCCGCGAGGACGUGCUCGCGGUGCAGCGGGAGGCGCAGUUCGCGGGUGUGCGCGCCACGAAGAUGGGGAAGGCGUUGGAGGCGCUGGAAGGGCGCACCCUCGCGCUGGAGGAGCGGCUCCAAGCCGGCGCGGCGGGGGCGGCGACUCCGAUGGACGGGCGGACAAAGGCGGGCAUGGUCACGAUGAGUGCGGGUGAUGUCAGGGAUUUGGGGCGUGCACUUGGGGACGUCGCUGCGUUCAUCCAUGAGAUGGAGAUGCGCGAGGGCCUUUCACAGCGGUCGGAUGGACGCGGCAUCGAGAGACUGCGCGAUCUUGGGAAGAGAUUCCAGUCGCUUGCAUCGACGGCAGACCGGAAGGGUUCAUGA